AUGGCGGAAUCUGCACCGGACAAGCCGCCAACGCCCACGCCAGCCGCCUCGCCGUCAGAGCCGCAGGAGGAGCAGAAGCAGCAGCAGAGGCCGGCCGUGUUGAAUCCUACGAGCGAGGAGGUCGAGGCGGUGAUCCAGGCAGCGACGUCGCAGCGGUCCGAGCCGGAUGGGAAGAUCAUCCCGCUCAAGGACACCAGGACGCAGCUGUUUGUCGGGAAUCUCCCGUACCGAGUGCGCUGGCAGGAUCUGAAGGAUCUAUUCCGCAAGGCCGGCACAGUACUCAGAGCUGACGUCGCGCUGGGCCCGGACAACCGGUCGCGUGGCUAUGGCACUGUCCUGCUCGCCACUGCGGAGGAUGCGGGGCGCGCGGUGGACAUGUUCAACGGAUACUCGUGGCAGACGCGCGUGCUCGAAGUCAGACUGGACAGAUUGCCGUCAGAGCUGCAGCAGCACGAGCAGCAGUACCAGAUGCCGGUGCCGUACCCGCCCCCUCCGCCUCCCGUGCAGGCCACACUCGCCCCUCCGCCAAUGAACAUGCCCCAUCCCAUCACCUCCUCCCGCCCAGGAACAGGAUCCCUCAGUCCCCGCCCGCCCUUCCCCCAAUCCACCGCAGCCCUGGACGAGCACCUCGCAGCCGCCCUCGGCCAAUCGCUUUCGGCAAACCCAUCUCCCUCCCUGUUCGGCCACGACCGAUUGGUAUCCAAAACACUCUUCGUAGGGAACCUUCCAUUCCACGUCCAGUGGCAGGACCUCAAAGAUCUCUUCCGCCAGGCCGGCACCAUCCUCCGUGCCGACGUCGCCCUCGGCGCAGACGGCCGCUCCCGCGGCUUUGGAACGGUGGUCUAUGCGACCGAAUCGGACGCCGAGCGCGCGGUACGCGUAUUCAACGGCUACGAGUAUAACGGGCGGGCGCUCAAAGUGCACUACGACAAGUUUACACCGCAUAAUCCGUUGACGGGCUCGCCGAUGCUGCCGUCUUCGCCUAUGCCAAACGCGGCGCUCGCAUCGUAUGCUGCUCUGAAUGCCGCGGCGGGAUCAUCGGCCGCACGAAGUCUUCUCAGUUCUGCACACGGCUUGUCGAGCCAGCCUCUCAGUCCGCUCUCGAACAGCCCGAUUACGGAGAGCAACGCAGCGCUCGCGUCGCGGCUGCUGGGCCUGAGACAGAUGAGCGCCGGCGCGGGCGCCCAAGCAGAGUUCGACCCUGACUUCGCGUUCAUGUAUGACGGCCUGGGCGCUUCGACGCACGACCCGUACGAGGACGGCACGAGCGCGUUCAGGCCCAUGUCCUCCUCGUCCCAGGCUCAAGCGCGCAACGUGAACGCGUUCAGGCCGACGUCGUCGUCGGGCAAUUCCGCGUUUAGACCGUCGUCGUCAUCUGCGGCGCUCAAUGCGUUCAGGUCGACGUCGUCGUCGUCGAGCAUGCAGCAGGCGCAGCAGCAGAGUUUCAGGCCCACGACGGGGGGCGAGGCGCCGAACCCGCGCUCGCUUGAAGCGCGGCUGGCGUCUAUUCCGCUCGCACAAGCGGCCAGGUCUAUGCCUGGCUUACGGCCCGCGCACGGCCACUCGCUAUCGUUCUCCCAAUCUUCCUCGGUACAGCAGCGUGGGAAUGCUUAUGAUUCGCCUACGUCUGCCAUGGCGCCUCCGCCUUUGCACGCACGGUCGACGGGUGCUAUACCGCAGAUCAAUGGUCUGGUCGGAAGCGGACAGACGAGCACGAUCGGGUCGAUGGGCCAGAAGAGCGAGUUGCCGACGCCGCCGAGCAGUUCGGGCACGGGCGCCAGUCCGUUGAUGGAUACUGUGCCCGUGCAGCCGCAGCCUACGAAUCUGGGGUACGCGGGAUUGAGAGACCUGUUGAACUCGUCCGUGUCGCCUCCCACUGCCGGUGAAUCAAGGCAAAGAGUCGCAUCGACAUCUUCGCGGAGCCCGCUCGAAGCGACCUCCCAAUCGCCCCAAACCGCCCAGCCGCCCAAACUCUCCCCCCGCUCGUCGACCAAAACGAACGGCCCGCACCCGGGCCCCAUCUCUUUGCCUCCACAAAGCGCAUUCGCGACCGUGCCCCCGCCGCACAUGUCGCCCGCCUCGCCGUACAUGGUACCAUACAUGAUCCCCGGCCUCGUCCCCUCACCCCUACACCACCCCAUGAUGGUCCCGCCCUCGCCCAUGCACGCCGCGCACACGCCCGUGCCGAUGAUGCACGGCAGUCCCAUGCACCACCCCGCGUACGCGCAGCACCUCAUGGGGAUGUACAACGGCGGCAUGCUCAUGACGCCGCACGGGCUCCCGCCCAUGACGCCGUCCAUGCCCUCAUUCCAGUUCCAUCCGCAUCUGCAAGCGGGAGGGGCAGGGGGAGGGGGCGCGAUGCAGAGCCCGCCGCCGCAGAUGGUGCCGCAUGCGAUGUUUAGUCCGGGCGUCGCGAUGAGCCCGGGGGCGUUCUUUGGGCGGCCGGUGAGGGGCGGGCAGGGGUGGGAGGCGGCGCCUGGUGCGCCCGUGAGGAACGGGUCGAACGAUGGGCAAGGCGUUGCUGUGGGCGGUGGGGCGGCAGGAGGGGAGCCGCAGGAUUAUUUCGCGGGCGCGCCGCCGGCGGGCGAGCCGGAUUAUUUCACGGGCGCGCCGCCGCCUACGUCCAUCGCGGGCCAGAUCCUGCGCGCGAACAACGAUGCCGCGGCGCCCGCGCAGCCGCGUUCUUCCGCGGAAGAACGCGAGACGGCGGGCGUGGGGGGAUUGUUGGAGAGGAUGUCGCUUGGGGGACGGGCGUACGAGGAGAGCCCGUUUGGGGUUGAUACGUCGCCGGGGGAUGAGGUCCCGGGGGUGGGCGUGGGGAUGGGGAAGGGGGGCAUCAGGACUGGGAGCGAGAGUCAUGCAAGGGCGUUGGAUGUGGGGUCUAAGGGGGAGGGGAGGAGGGCGAGUUUUGCGCAGGUCGCGGGGAGGGGGCUGUGA